UGACGAUUUAAAAUGUGCCGUACUCAUGCACUAGUACGGUAGCGUAACAUUCUUGGUUUAUGAAAAAAGCAAACAAUGUCUGCGACAAAACAGCAACAGAAUGCUCACGGAGAGCCGAAAGAAAGGAAGAAGAAAGAAAGUAUUCUUGACCUCUCAAAAUAUUUAGAGAAAAAUAUUAGAUUGGUACUUGAUAAUACUACAGAAUACUUGAGAGAUCCUGAUGAUCCAUAUAAAUUGAAUCAAGAUACUCGUAUGCUAGGCUUGGUUGUAUGUAGAGGUACAUCCGUGGUACUUAUUUGUCCAGUAGAUGGAAUGGAAUCCAUUCAAAACCCUUUUAUACAGCAAGAGGGUUAAGCGAAUUCGUUUUUUCUUUGUUACUGAUUUGGAUGAAUGAAAAGAAAUUUAAUUUUGUGACACUUGGUUUGGACAUUUAACUUGGUUGGAUGA